UUCUUGUGUACUCGCUUUUGUUGAGAUGACUCCUUCGAUAUAAGGCCUGUGAUGGUGAAUGGAAUUCUCUUUUUUAAUUUCAUGUAGGUGCUCAAGAGACCUUUUAAAAGUCUGAAGUGAAGUGUCAUGGAUCGACCACCUCAUAAUUAUGCAGCAGCUUCUGCAAUGGCAUAUGCCCAACAGCAGCGACAAGCAGCCAACAUACCACAGCAGCAACAGUUUGGAUUUCCUGGCCAACAUCAACAGUUCCCGCCAUCAGUUCAUGGCCCUUCUUUCUUGCCUCCACAUCCAUCCCAAUUCCCUUACCAUCCACACAUGCAACAGCAACCUCCACUACACCAUCCUCCCCCUCCUCAUGCUCAGCUUCUUCAUCUCCAGCAGCAGCAACCUGCCUUCCCUUCACAUUUGCCUCCUCACCUUGUUCCUUCACCUUUCCAUGGUCUAUAUGAUUCUCCUCCACCACCAGCAGCUCCCCCAUCUGACCCUGAGCUCCAAAAGCGUAUUGAAAAACUCAUUGAGUAUUGUAUUAAGAAUGGCCCAGAAUUUGAAGCAAUGAUCCGUGAGAAGCAGCAAGAUAAUCCUGAUUAUAGUUUCCUCUUUGGUGGUGAGGGCCAUGGUUAUUACAGAUACAAGCACUGGUUAUCUACACGCCCACCAGGUGGCCCCUUUAAUCAUCCUUUUCCUUCCUCUAUUCACCCUCCUCCAAAUGCUGUUAUGAAUCCUUCUCUAAGCGGUCCUCCAGUUAAUGCCACUGCUCCUGCUAUUGGGCCAAUGGGUGGUCCUCAGAUGCACCAACCUCCUUUUCCUCCAUUCUUUGAUCAACAGCACCACCAUCAGCACCCUCAGGCUUUUGCAAGUCAUGCUCGACCAGAUUACGACCAGUCUUUCAAAGGUCUUGCUGGUCCUCUUCCUUCUGAUGUUUCAAUUGAGCUUAAUAAUGUGCUAAACAAUCUUAGUGGUACCAAAGAGUCAAUCAAAAAUGCCAAGAUUUGGUUCCUGCAGAGAUCUCCAUUUGCCCCAGCUUUGGCUGAGGCAGUUAGAGACAGGAUCUUUGCUUUGGAUGACUCUGAGAGGCAACUACACGUAAUUUACCUUGCCAAUGACAUUUUGUUUGAUAGCCUGCAACGGCGAAGCAAUCCUCAUGAACUUGAUAAUGAAGCCCUUGCAUUUAAACCUGUUUUAGGUUCAAUGCUAACAAGAAUCUACCACAACCCUCAAAACAAGGAAGAAAACCAGCCACGGUUAGAAAAAAUCUUGCAGUUCUGGGCAUCCAAGGAAGUUUAUGAUCAAGAUACUAUUAAUGCGCUUGAGGAUGAGAUGCUGGGUGGUGUGCCAACUAGUUUUCCUGGGCCUCCAAGGGAACCAUCUGCAGCUUCAGCUGAUUCCUUGAUGCAUGGAAUGACACUGCAAACAACAAACCAUAAUAUCUCACAAUGGCAGCCUGAUAAACCAAGUAUUGUUCCAAAUGUACCUGAUCUAGAGCACCCUGACAAACAAGGAACCGCUCAGCAAUUUGUUCCAAGUGCAGCCCCUCCUGGUGCUUUUCCAGGGUCUGUGCCCAUCAAUUCUUCUAUUCAACCAGCAAGCCAACAACCCAUAUCCCAUUUAUUGCCUGCCCCAACUGCAAAUAUGGUUGAAAAAUUGCCCCCAUAUCCACUCUUUCCCCCUGGUCUUAUUCCUGGAAUGGUCAGAAAGAUGCAGAUUGGCAGUGGGGUGCCUUACUCCCCAUUGAGUCCAUUGGACAUUCCAACAGUUAUACCUCCAUCCACUAUGUCACCAUCAGAAAUUCUCGAAAGAGUUUCAAAGUUCUUUAAAGAGAUUGGAGAGGUAAACCCUUCCGAGGGACCACUGAAAUCUGAUGCAGGAGAUGAAGAUUAUGAUGAGUAUGAGAUAGAGCCUCCUGUUCGCAAGGGAGGGGCUUGCAUCCCUCCACCUUCUAAUUUGCAGGUAGAUCCAGAGACAGGUACUUACGCCGAUGGAAGUGUAGAGCGAAAACCAGGGUCUACUGGGUCUGGAAGAUUGGGACUUGGGGCAACAGCUAAUCCAAAUGAGGCUAGUCAAUAUGAUGAUGUUUAUACCUCUUAUAGAAAACAGAGAAGUACAUCGUACCAUUCAUCCAUGAGUGCCAGAGCUGCUACAAGGUGAAAGUUUUUCAAAUAUCUCAUAGAUUAUUUACAAGUAUGGUGGAAACUGUAUACUUUGUUACCUUGCUUCUCUACUGUUUUCUUUUUCCCUAAUUUUGUCCUCCAACUUUCCCAAAACUGAGUUCUUAGAGCAUGUAGCGUGAGUAAUUAUUUUUAGCAUGUAGCGUGAGUGAUUAUUUUUACAUAGUUAGAAUCUCUAAUCUUGGCCCCUCCAUCAAAGUUUUUAAAAUUUAGUAUGGAUGUCAAUUCGGUUAAAGCAAUGGCAUAUAUAUUUGAUCACCCUUGUAGAGCCUGUUUGGUUUGAGGUGAAAGGGGAGGGAAAAUAUUUUGUCCAAUCAAAGGGACAAAUUUUC